UCUUGUCAGCCUCUCUCUCCUACAUUCAAACAUGGCGAAACUCUUUCCCACUCUACCUCCACACUCAUCCCGCAGCACUUCUCCUUCACCAUCACCUCCAUUGUCUUCUUCAUCGUCACCAUCAUCAUCGUCACCGUCGUCAGUCUUAUCUCCGGUACCGUGAUGACCCGGGAGGAUGGAGAAGUUGUCGGCGAGCCUGUCGGAGAUUACUUGGAGCCCGCUGUCGCUGCCGUUGGACGCGGUGGUCAGCAAAUUCCGUCUGCCCACUCUGGUCCGUCUGGCUCACGGUGAAUGUGUGGAGGGUCUGUCAGAGGAGGAUGUGGUGCUGUUGCACUCCUGCCGUCAGUGGACCACAGUCACAGCCCACAGCUUAGAGGAGGGACACUACGUCAUCGGACCCAAGAUAGACAUCCCUCUGCAAUACCAGGGCAAGUUCAAGUUGUUGGAUGAAGACCGGGACGUCAGGGAUCCAGUCCAGUAUUUCUCCAGUGUGGAGGAAGUUGCCGGAGUCUUCCCUGACCGAGUCUUUGUCUUGGAGACAAUCACCUUUAGUGUCAAGGUGGUGUCAGGGGAGUUCAGCGAGGACAGUGAGCCCUACAGCUUCACUCUGCAGGCUGGAGAUGAGCUGUCACUCAUGGGGAAAGCGGAGCUCCUCUGUGCCACACCCUCAAAGGAAAAGACGGGAUUGAGCGCGCUCCUGAGACGCCUGGGAAAAACACCUAGAAGUAAAACUCCCUGCCUGGUCUGUAUGAACCAUCGCACCAACCAGAGUGUCAGCCUUCCUUUCGGCUGCCGUGGGCGCUUUUGCACACGCUCCCCUCUGGAGCAAGGCAUGCUGGGAGGGGAGCACACGGUGCGCAGCAUAAUCGAGAGGGUCCGCCUGCCGGUCAACGUGUCCGUACCCUCGCGGCCGCCGCGGAACCCCUACGACCGCCAUGCGGUCCGCGAGGGCCACCGCUACAAGCUGCUCAACAUUGUCAGCAAGACGGUGGUGCUCUGCAUGGUGAUCCGCCGACAGGAAGUCUCCCCCUCCCACUUCCUGCUGCUGCGCUGCAUGCCCCGCUUCAACGUGGCCGAGGCCUCCGUCCACACGGCGGCGCUGGAGAGCCUCUUAAUGCGACACGCGUUCGACCCGGACGCCUACUCUCGCGCGGUGAGAGAAACGCGGCCGGAGCUGGAGUGUAUGACGGAGGAGUGCGUGAGUCCGCGGCACUCGCGCGUGUGCGUGUCAGGUCAGGACUCCGUGGCACCGGCACUGCAGCGCCUGUCGAUGUGCGGGUAUGGGGGCGGGGUUUCGGACAGCCUAUCACAGCGCUGCAGGGACUCUUACGGAGAGAGACUGGGGGAGGGGCCAGGCGAGGAGAGGGAGUAUGUGACUCCUGAGUGGACUGAGGCUGAAAUGAGGACCAGUGAGGAAAUCCCUUACGAGGAACUCUGGACCAAUCAGAACGCAGAGGGCUUGGGGAAGGAGCCGAACCUCAUCUCCUUCCAUUCGUCUUCCUCGCUGGACGGGACUCUUGGUACCGUGGUGACAAGAGUGUCCACGCCACCACCUGUACCUCCAAAAUCUGAUGCUGUGAGAGAGGAGUGCCGCUACUUGAUCGCCCCUCCGGUUCCUCCUCGCUGCUCUAAAGGGGGCUCCAUCUCUAGCCCCGCCCCCAGCCCGCCGGUCCCACCUCGCUUCCCCAAAGCCUCCACCUCACCGAGACCCAACCUUUCUUUCUACUCCUCUGGACUUCAGGACAGCUGCUCACCUUCUCCAGACGCCUCCCUCUACUGUUACCCGUGCUCCUGGGCCGACUGUCCUGCCCCGAACCCCACCAGUCCCGAGCCGCUCCCUGCAGACGGCACGGCCAACCCUCAGCCGGCACAGGCCACCUGGGUGGAGCCGUGGGCGGACUCCUUUACCUCCUCGGGGCCCCGCCUCCGGCCGCCACCCCCGCAGAGUCGUUUCGCCCCCUUUGGCGCACUGAACCCCUUCAACCGCCAGUCGCCCUGUCCGUCACCCGAGCCCGGCGCCAGCCCCACCUCAGAGUCCUCCAGAGGCGCAGAGGGUGGCGGCGGCACGUCGGUCACCGAGGGGCCGUCCCUGACCCCUGACCCCACCUGGCGCCCGCCCACCGACCUCUCCGCUCUGUCGCUGGAGGAAGUGUCCGCGUGCUUGAGGUUCAUCGGCCUAUCAGAGGCGGCGGUGGCCAUUUUCCAAAGGGAGCGCAUCGACGGCAGCCUCCUGGUGCAGCUGACUGAGGACAUCCUGUCACAUGACUUCCACCUGAGCCGACUCCAUGUGACCAAGAUCACACAGUUUAUACAAGGCUGGAGGCCCAAGAUCUAACACACACACACACACACACACACACUGUCCUGAUAAUGUGCCUGUCGGCUGCUGAGCCUUUCCUGAAUGUGCCUUCCCACUGUGACCAGCUGAGUGACGCUGAUGGAAACCACGCCACCCUGUGGUCAAACUCUAGAACUGACACUUGAUUGGCUCUGAGGCCAAAAAGUCUCUGACAGACUUGACUGAAAGCUUCCUGUCUGAAUCACAGACUGGGGACUAGUUUACUAACACAUGAGGAGACGAUCACGAGGAACGUGCCCACGUUCCACAAAUAUUAAAUCAUGUGACGAGAAAAGAAGAAAGAUUUUAAAGCACUACGUCAUUGCUGGGAAAUCUGAGGGAAAAAAAAAGAUCCACAGCCCCCACAAUUAUACAAUGGAGGAAGGGUCGAUGAUGUCGCAGUAGAUAUUAAAACAACUGCCGUAGUCGUAAAGUUAUCAAAUAAUAAAGAAAAGGAUCAUUUAUAGGAAUAUUUGUCUUUUAAAUUUCACUCUCUGCAGGAUGUUUGAGGACAUUUUCACUGUUUUUUUAAAGUUAUGUUGUUUUUUAAAAAGGGAAAUAGGUCAGCUGAUAAAUUGAUCAAGGAAAUUAUAAUUUCUUACAGAAGGACAUUUCUGUGUCUGCUGUGGACCGUGGUGUAACAAUGAAAUGAAAUUGUGCCCAAAUAUGGACAAAAAUGAGAAAGUAUAUCAGUAAAUUAAAUAGAAGCCUACAUAUACAACAUGUACAGCGUAAUUUAGCCCUAUACAUGUAAACUCUACAUCCAAUAAGGUAUUGAUGUUGUAAAAGCAGUAGGGCUGCAACGAAGUUGUUAUUUUCUAAAUUAAUCAUUUUGAAAUGAGU